UCGCGCCGCUGCCUCUGGCAGGGCUGCAAGGUGUUCGACCGGCCCGGCUCGGCCGCCUGGCUGGAGCGGCACGUGCUCACGCACGGCGGCAGCAAGCCGUUCCGCUGUAUAGUCGACGGCUGCUCGCAGCGGUUCUCCUCGCAGUCGGUGUUGGAGCGGCACGUCAACGGCCACUUCAACCCGACGCCGCCGGUGAAGCGGCCCGACGCGUCGACCAAGUUGUCACGGCGCAGCAGCCGGCGCGCUAUCCAGGAGGAGCACCCCUACUCGGCGCGCAUCUUCGACUUCUGCGACGCGACCGUGAUGGAGCGGCUGCGGUACCAGCUGGUGCGCGUGGACGGAGCGCUGGAGCGGCUGGCGCCCGUCUCGGGCCGCGGCCUCCAGCUCUCAGCUCAGGUGAUCGCUCGCAGAACGUGCGCAGACAACAAGCCCGAGCUGCUCGUGCGCUGGAAGCCGGCGGACAUAGUCGAUGACGAGUGGAUGCCGGCGCACGCGUUCCGGCCGACGCGGCACGUGCCGUGCUGCCAGCUGCCGGCGGCGGCGGCGCAGCGCGUGGCCAACGCCGUGGGCGGGCCGCCGGCGCGCCACCGGCGCAAGGGCCGGCCGGCGUAGCGCGCCGCCGCCGGCCGCCGGCCGCCAACGUUCCUACCGCGCCUGCUGCGCCGCUGGACCGCCGGACCGCCGGACCACGGGACCACCGGGUCAUCGGACCACCAGGUCGCCGGACCGUCGGACCAUUGGACCACUGGACCACCGGGUUAACGGGCCGUCGGAUCAUUGGACCAUUGGACCACUAGACCACUGGACCGCCGGACCAUCGGACCAACGGGCCACCGGACCACCGGACCAUCGGACCACCGGACCACCGGACCGCCGGGCCACUGCUCAGGGCAGCUCCUCGUCGUGUCGGCAGCGAGUCUCCAGUACAAAUUGUUCUAAUGUUGAUGCGUGUAUGUCGUAGUGGGUAAGGAAGGGCGGCCGA